GACGUCUAUGCCAAAAUAACUGUAGGAUGGCACAACUAUCAAAGAAUACAUUUUCUGUCUCACUUUGGAUAACAGUUAUGAUCAUUUUUGGCUCUCUUUGCGAUGGUGGCAAAAUCUUAGUGGCGCCUUUGGAGGGAAGUCACUGGGUGAACAUGGACAUCCUCAUCAAGGCUUUACAUGGUCAAGGGCACAGCGUUGAUGUGAUACGCAACACCAAUAGUUGGUUCGUCAAGGAGAACUCAACAUAUUACAACUCCAUAACCAUACCUGACUCCAAAGGAAUGGAUGAAGAAUUUGUAGAAGAUGUGCUGACUAAAAAGAUUGACUAUGAAAGAGGUAAGGGCUCCUGGCUGGGUGGUGUACAGCUGUUUUUGGAUGUAUCCAAAGCUGUUUAUGAAAGUCACAAAUUAGUAUGUAGGCUUAUAACAAACAUAUUUGAAAGUGAGGAUAUUCUGAAAACACUACAGGAAAAGAAGUAUGAUCUGAUGCUCGCUGAUCCAGGAUGGGGUACAGGUAUUAUUCUGGCUCAUAAACUCAAGUUACCCAUGGUCUAUAAUGUGAGAUGGACUACUCCUGGAGAAGGACACUUUGACAUCGCUCCCUCACCAAUGUCUUACAUCCCACUUACAGGAUCUGGAAACACAGACAAAAUGAGCUUCUUCCAAAGAGUAAUAAAUGUUUUCUACUAUUUGCUGUUGGACUUUCAAUGCAGCCGUUUUAAUGUGCCACAGUAUCAAGCACUUUGUGAUAAAUAUUUUGAUCCACCUGUAGAUUUUUACAAACUUCUGCAGGGGGCUGAUUUAUGGCUCAUGAGGGUUGAUUUUGUUUUUGAAUUUCCACGUCCAACAAUGCCAAAUAUCAUCUACAUUGGUGGCUUUCAGUGCACUCCAGCAAAGCCCCUUCCACAUGAUCUGGAAGACUUCAUGCAGAGUUCUGGAGAUCAUGGAGUCAUCGUAAUGUCUUUAGGGUCGUUUAUCAGUGUCUUGCCGGAUUAUGUAAGUUCUGAAAUAGCUGCUGCUUUUGCCCGGUUGCCUCAAAAGGUUAUUUGGAGAUACACUGGAAAGAAGCCAUCUACUUUGGGUAACAACACAUUAUUAGUUGACUGGAUGCCACAGAAAGAUCUUCUAGGACAUCCAAAAACUAAACUUUUCAUUGCACAUGGUGGAACCAAUGGGGUUCAAGAAGCUUUGUACCAUGGUGUUCCAGUGAUUGGAAUUCCAUUCUUUUUUGACCAGUAUGACAAUCUCAUUCGAUUACAAGCAAGAGGUGGAGCCAAGAUAGUCUCCCUUGCAGAAUUAGGUGAAAACUCACUGCAUGCAGCAAUACAGGAAGUAAUCAAUGAGCCAUCCUACAGGCUGAAUAUGCAGAAGCUCUCUUAUCUGCACAGAGACAAGCCAGUCGAACCGUUGGACAGCGCCAUCUUCUGGAUUGAGUUUGUAAUGAGGCACAAAGGUGCUGCUCAUCUUCGUACUGAAUCCUACAAAAUGCCUUGGUACUCCUAUCACUCAGUAGAUGUUUCAGUUACACUGAUUGCAGUUGUUUUGAUAUUCAUUUACUCCAUGUUUGUAACAGUUAGAUAUCUGUGCAUCAAGUGUUGUAGCCGAAAAAGAAAAACUGAGUGAAGCAUUUGCACUGUGAAGUAAAUGAUUUAUUAAUGACACAAAAUGUUUAGUUUUGACUGUUCAAUGGGUAAUGAAAAUGAAAUAAUAAAAGUAAAUACAUAAAAAUGUAAGUCGUUUUAAAAUGUUUCCUUUCCUGUGAAACUGCA